AUGUCCGGGAUUCAACCAGAGGAUGAUUCCCCUCCGUACAAGAAUUGGACGAGUGGGUCGGAACUAAACGAAACGCGGGAGGCUCUUUUAACCCCUUCCUCCGACUACGAUGAUGAGGAGUUCCUGCGAUAUCUCUGGAAGGAGUAUUUGCAUCCCAAGGAAUAUGAAUGGGCGCUGAUCGCCGGCUACAUAGUCGUCUUCAUUGUGGCUCUCGUCGGGAACGUCUUAGUUUGCCUUGCAGUGUGGAAGAAUCAUCACAUGCGGACCGUUACCAACUAUUUCAUAGUGAAUCUUUCUCUGGCUGACAUUCUGGUCACAAUUACUUGUCUUCCAGCAACUUUAGUUGUGGACAUCACAGAAACGUGGUUCUUUGGGCAGACCCUCUGUAAAGUGAUUCCCUACUUACAGACAGUUUCUGUCUCUGUGUCUGUCCUAACACUCAGCUGCAUUGCUUUGGAUCGAUGGUAUGCAAUUUGUCACCCUUUGAUGUUUAAAAGCACAGCCAAGCGAGCAAGGAACAGCAUUAUAAUUAUCUGGAUUGUGUCCUGCAUCAUAAUGAUUCCUCAGGCUAUUGUUAUGGAGUGCAGCAGUGUGUUCCCAGGAUUAGCCAAUAAAACCACCUUGUUCACAGUGUGUGAUGAGCACUGGGGAGCUGAGGUUUACCCCAAAAUGUAUCACACAUGCUUUUUUCUGGUGACAUACAUGGCACCACUGUGUCUUAUGGUGUUGGCGUAUUUGCAAAUAUUUCGAAAGCUGUGGUGUCGCCAGAUCCCAGGAACUUCUUCUGUUGUUCAGAAGAAAUGGAAGCCUCAGCAGCCCUCAGCACAGCCCCGUGGGCUGGGACAAUCAACAAAGUCAAAGAUUAGUGCUGUGGCAGCUGAAAUAAAACAGAUUCGUGCAAGAAGGAAAACAGCACGUAUGCUGAUGGUUGUCCUUCUGGUUUUUGCACUUUGCUAUCUACCAAUCAGCAUCCUCAAUGUCUUGAAAAGGGUUUUUGGGAUGUUUAAUCAUGCUGAUGACAGAGAAACUGUAUAUGCCUGGUUCACAUUCUCACACUGGCUUGUAUAUGCAAACAGUGCAGCCAAUCCUAUUAUUUAUAACUUCCUCAGUGGGAAAUUUAGAGAAGAAUUUAAAGCAGCAUUUUCCUGUUGCAUCCUUGGCAUUCGCAGCCACCAUGACGAACGGUUCACCAGAGGUCGUGCCAGUACAGAGAGUCGGAAAUCCUUGACCACCCAGAUCAGCAAUUUUGAUAACAUUUCAAAACUUUCAGAACAGGUUGCAUUGUCCAACGUAAACACAAUUCCAUCAAAUGAUAUCCCAGCCAUGCUCAGCCCAUUGAAGUCAGCGGAACUGCAUCUCCACAUACCCGGGAUGAACAUGACUUCAAAUAUAGAUGAAGCCAUGAGGGUUUCUGCAGAAGACACUGUCAGAACAGAGAAUGCAGAGUGGGAUAAAUUUGUCCCUAGCAUAACUAAACUUACUUCGAUGGAGUUACAGCAAGGGUGA